AUGGGAGAGCUGUUUGAAUGCGUUCUCUUCACGGCUAGUCUCGCAAAGGUACUUUCAACAACUCUAAUCCUUCGUCACUUGUCUGACAUACUCUAGUAGUGCACUGUAGGGAAUAGGGUACAUACUCUAGUAGUGCACUGUAGGGAAUAGGGUACAUACUCUAGUAGUGCACUAUAGGGAAUAGGGUACAUACUCUAGUAGUGCACUGUAGGGAAUAGGGUACAUACUCUAGUAGUGCACUAUAGGGAAUAGGGUACAUACUCUAGUAGUGCACUAUAGGGAAUAGGGUACAUACUCUAGUAGUGCACUAUAGGGAAUAGGGUACAUACUCUAGUAGUGCACUAUAGGGAAUAGGGUACAUACUCUAGUAGUGCACUAUAGGGAAUAGGGUACAUACUCUAGUAGUGCACUAUAGGGAAUAGGGUACAUACUCUAGUAGUGCACUAUAGGGAAUAGGGUACAUACUCUAGUAGUGCACUAUAGGGAAUAGGGUACAUACUCUAGUAGUGCACUAUAGGGAAUAGGGUACAUACUCUAGUAGUGCACUGUAGGGAAUAGGGUACAUACUCUAGUAGUGCACUAUAGGGAAUAGGGUACAUACUCUAGUAGUGCACUAUAGGGAAUAGGGUACAUACUCUAGUAGUGCACUAUAGGGAAUAUAAUAAUAAUAAUAUAAUAUGCCAUUUAGCAGACGCUUUUAUCCAAAGCGACUUACAGUCAUGCGUGCAUACAUUUUUUUGUGUAUGGGUGGUCCCGGGGAUCGAACCCACUACCUUGACGUUACAAGCGCCGUGCUCUACCAGCUGAGCUACAGAGGACCACAUAGGGUACAUACUCUAGUAGUGUACUAUAGGGAAUAGGGUACAUACUCUAGUAGUGCACUAUAGGGAAUAGGGUACAUACUCUACAGUGGGGAGAACAAGUAUUUGAUACACUGCCGAUUUUGCAGGUUUUCCUACUUACAAAGCAUGUAGAGGUCUGUAAUUUUUAUCAUAGGUACACUUCAACUCUGAGAGAUGGAAUCUAAAACAAAAAUCCAGAAAAUCACAUUUGUAUGAUUUUUAAGUAAUUAAUUUGCAUUUUAUUGCAUGACAUAAGUAUUUGAUCACCUACCAACCAGUAAGAAUUCCGGCUCUCACAGACCUGUUAGUUUUUCUUUAAGAAGCCCUCUUGUUCUCCACUCAUUACCUGUAUUAACUGCACCUGGUCAAGCCAGCGCAUGUCCAGGCCCGUCUGAAGUUUGCCAAUGAUCAUCUGGAUGAUCCAGAGGAGGAAUGGGAGAAGGUCAUGUGGUCUGAUGAGACAAAAAUAGAGCUUUUUGGUCUAAACUCCACUCGCCAUGUUUGGAGGAAGAAGAAGGAUGAGUACAACCCCAAGAACACCAUCCCAACCGUGAAGCAUGGAGGUGGAAACAUCAUUCUUUGGGGAUGCUUUUCUGCAAAGGGGACAGGACGACUGCACCGUAUUGAGGGGAGGAUGGAUGGGGCCAUGUAUCGUGAGAUCUUGGCCAACAACCUCCUUCCCUCAGUAAGAGCAUUGAAGAUGGGUCGUGGCUGGGUCUUCCAGCAUGACAACGACCCGAAACACACAGCCAGGGCAACUAAGGAGUGGCUCCAUAAGAAGCAUCUCAAGGUCCUGGAGUGGCCUAGCCAGUCUCCAGACCUGAACCCGAUAUAAAAUCUUUGGAGGGAGCUGAAAGUCCGUAUUGCCCAGCGACAGCCCCGAAACCUGAAGGAUCUGGAGAAGGUCUGUAUGGAGGAGUGGGCCAAAAUCCCUGCUGCAGUGUGUGCAAACCUGGUCAAGACCUACAGGAAACGUAUGAUCUCUGUAAUUGCAAACAAAGGUUUCUGUACCAAAUAUUAAGUUCUGCUUUUCUGAUGUAUCAAAUACUUAUGUCAUGCAAUAAAAUGCAAAUUAAUUACUUAAAAAUCUUACAAUGUGAUUUUCUGGAUUUUUGUUUUAGAUUCCGUCUCUCACAGUUGAAGUGUACCUAUGAUAAAAAAUUACAGACCUCUACAUGCUUUGUAAGUAGGAAAACCUGCAAAAUCAGCAGUGUAUCAAAUACGUGUUCUCCCCACUGUAGUAGUGCACUGUAGGGAAUAGGGUACCAUUUGGGACAGGCUCCAUGGCUCUUCAUCACCAGUCUGUUCUCAUUGUUUUAGUUUCUGUUUCUUCUACUCCCCUGUCUUCCUUCCCUCCCCCUGUCUUCCUCCCCUCCCCCUGUCUUCCUUCCCUCCCCCUGUCUUCCUCCCCUCCCCCCUGUCUUCCUCCCCUCCCCCCUGUCUUCCUUCCCUCCCCCUGUCUUCCUCCCCUCCCCCUGUCUUCCUUCCCUCCCCCUGUCUUCCUCCCCUCCCCCUGUCUUCCUUCUCUCCCCCUGUCUUCCUUCCCUCCCCCUGUCUUCCUUCCCUCCCCUGUCUUCCUUUCCCUCCCCCCUGUCUUCCUUCCCUCCCCCUGUCUUCCUUCCCUCCCCCCGUCUUCCUUCCCUCCCCCCGUCUUCCGUUCCUCCCCCUGUCUUCCGUUCCUCCCCCUGUCUUCCUCCCUCCCCCCGUCUUCCUUCCUCCCCCCGUCUUCCUUCCCUCCCCCCGUCGUUCCUUCCCUCCCCCCGUCUUCCUUUCCCUCCCCCCCUGUCUUCCUUCUCCCCCCUGUCCUUCCUUCCCUCCCCCGUCUUCCUUCCCUCCCCCCUGUCUUCUUCCCUCCCCCUGUCUUCCUUCCCUCCCCCUGUCUUCCUUCCCUCCCCCCGUCUUCCUUCCCUCCCCCGUCUUCCCCUUUCCUCCCCCUGUCUUCCUCCCCUCCCCCUGUCUUCCUCCCUCCCCCUGUCUUCCUCCCCUCCCCCCCCUGUCUUCCUUCUCCCUCCCCCCUGUCUUCCUUCUCCUCCCCCUGUCUUCCUUCCCUCCCCCUGUCUUCCUUCCCUCCCCCCUGUCUUCCUUCCCUCCCCCUGUCUUCCUUCCCUCCCCCUGUCUUCCUUCCCUCCCCCUGUCUUCCUUCCCUCCCCCCGUCUUCCUUCCCUCCCCCGUCUUCCUUUCCUCCCCCUGUCUUCCUUCCCUCCCCCUGUCUUCCUUCCCUCCCCCCGUCUUCCUUCCCUCCCCCCGUCUUCCUUCCCUCCCCCCGUCUUCCUUCCCUCCCCCUGUCUUCUGUUCUUCCUGCGUUAAUAUCUUUCUACCCCCUCCUCUUGUCCAUCUCUUUGAGCCGCUCUCCGUCUGUCUGUUAACCUCUAAUGCAUGAUGGGCAAGUGUCCACUGUGUGGUAAAUGAGCAUCUCCCAUUUUCAAUGUGCCCUAUCCCUCAGUAGUGGGAUUUCACUGCAUUACGGAGACUACCAACCAGCUGCAUUAAAUAAGUAAGAUGUGCUAGUCUAGCCUGGGUACCGGUCUGUUUGUGCCAUCAUGCCACUCCUUGUCAUGCCACAGGUUUGGCAGCUGAUAGCGGAAACAGACUGGUACAGGCUAGUGGUAGUUGUACCACGCUAGCUUCAGAGCUUCCUGCUUCCAUCUCUGUACAGUGUCCUCUUUGACUCUGUACGGUCUGACCUCUGAUCUGUAACCUCUGACCCCUGUGUGUCCAGUAUGCUGACCCUGUGGCGGAUCUUCUGGACCAGUGGGGUGUGUUCCGAGCCCGUCUGUUCCGGGAGUCGUGUGUGUUUCACCGGGGGAACUACGUUAAAGACCUGAGUAGGCUGGGUAGAGAGCUCAGUAAUGUCAUCAUACUGGACAACUCUCCUGCCUCCUACAUCUUCCACCCCGAGAACGCUGUGAGUUCACUAGUUACGUGUGUGUGUGUGUGUGUGUGUGUGUGUAGAAGAUAACUCUCCUGCCACUGGCCAAAUGAUCUUCCUUAAAAGCUCCUGACUUUGCCAGGUUUUGUUGUAGCAGCCCGGCUCUAACACGCGUGAUUCUUCUAAUCAGCUGCUGAUCUGGACAUUGAUUACGUGAAUCAGGUGUGUUAGUGCAGGCCUGGAACUAAAGCAGUACACCCCUGUAAGCCCAACUGUUUGAACCAGCAUGUCCUGUCCUGUCCUGUCUGUCUGUCUCAGGUACCGGUCCAGUCGUGGUUUGAUGAUAUGAGUGACACAGAGCUACAGGACCUGCUGCCUUUCUUUGAGGGGCUGAGCAGAGAGGAAGAGGUCUAUGGUGUGUUGCAGGACCUCCGGGGAAGGUAG